CUAUUUUUACAAUAAAAAGAAACCUUGCAUGGCACCCGCCUGGCCCGGGUCAGCAGCGGGGGCGUGGACUCGGGAGGGCCGUGGGCUUGGGGGCGUGGCCUCGCCGCUCCCGGGAGCUCCCCGCGGCGCGUGCGCAGUUCGCGCCGUGCCGGUGCGGCGGGGCGGCCAUGUCGGAGCGCGUGCUGUUCCGGCGCGGCACCGGGCAGGCGCUGCGUGGCCUCCGCAGAGCGACGACUCGGACGUGUGGGACGACACGGCCCUCAUCAAGGCGUACGACAAGGCGGUGGCCUCCUUCAAGAACGCCCUGAGGAAUGGGGAGUGCGCCGAGCCCGCCGACAGGCAGGAGCAGCGGCCGGGGAUGAAGAGGAAGAACAACAAGAAGAACAGGAACAGAAAGAAGGGCAGCGCGGUGCAGUGGAAGGUUGGUGACAGCUGUAACGCGGUUUGGUCCGAGGACGGCAACGUGUACCUGGCAACGAUCGUCUCCAUAAACCAGAAGAGGGGCACGUGUGUCGUUACCUACGACGGAUACGGGAACAAGGAGGAGCAGAACCUGUCCGAUCUACUCCUUCCAGCCAACGACGAAACAAAUGAAAACGAGACUCCAUAUUCAACAGAUGAAAGUGAAAAAUCUUUCCAGUCACCUCAAAACAAAAACAACUGCACAAAGGCAAGAUUCUCUCCCCAGAACUUCCGUUUUCCCAUACCACCAGCAGCCCCCAGCCUGGGAAGGUCUGGAUCAAAACUCAGAACACCUCCGCCAUUCUUAUCUUGCUGGCCUCCACCCUUUCCAGCAGGACCACCGCUGAUUCCUCCUCCACCACCUAUGGGGCCAGAUUCUCCUGAGGAUGAUGAAGCAUUGGGAAGCAUGUUGAUAGCCUGGUACAUGAGUGGUUAUCACACUGGCUAUUACCUGGGUUUAAAACAGAGUCGAAUGGAAGCAGCCCUGGAGAGAGAAUCCUAUACAAAAUAACUAAAUAUCCAUCACUGAUUUGAACAGUUCCAGGUACAAACGUUUCUGACAGAGGUGUGGUAUCACUUUGUGCGUUGGUUGAUGGCGAAGAUCAGAAUGUUAUCAAGACAAUUAAUCUGAAUGGUUUCUUGACAGUGAGCUGCCCCUGGUAACAAGUAGACAAAUUACUUGAAGCUAGUAGCUGUAUGUGCGUUGUCAUAAAGACAUCCAGGCAAAUGCAUUUAGAAAGCACUGCAGCAAUGAAGUGUUCUGGCUUUUUUUUUUUUUUUACGUUCUUGAAACACAAUUUUAAGUCUAAUAUGAAUUGAAAAAAAAAAACACUUGGUAGAUUUAAUUUAUCCUUUAUUUUAGUUACUCUUGUAUUCUUUUGACUUUUUACCUGACUGACAACACAUGAACUAGCAAUUACAGUAUUUUCAGUUUAUGGCAACAAUUUAUGUUACAGUGGCUACUGGUGGCAAUGACCUGAAAAAGAUAGACUGCCAUAUUUAAAGAUACCUUAUUUUACGGGUCUGAGUAUGGCAGCUGAAUUCAGAAAGGCUUGUUGUUUUUUCUUUUUCACGUGCUUGUUAAUAAAGUUCUACUUUUCAAACUUAA